GAGAACCUCAGCAGCAUCGUGGCCAGCUGCAACGAGAAGAACCACAAGUUCCUUGUCAGCGCCAGCUUCGGUGAGAACGAGGACCCUGUCGACUCCAUCGUCUCGCGGUUCGUACAGGUGGGCAUACCGGAGGCCAUGCCGGCCCUCCGCCUGCUGGACGGCACCCCCCAGUCGCACCUCGUCAUCUACGAG